CAUGUGUGCUUCCUAAGAGCCAAGCCCCAGCUUCUCAACACUCUCUACCCAGUUAGAAAUAAUUCUUCACAGGGUCUGAGUAGGCAGGAUAUUCUUAGACCACAAGAUUCCACCUACCAUUUCUGCAGCUAGAAGCAGAAAGCGAUCCGGAGAAGGCAGGCAGCUGCAGCUCUGAGACAAAUCCACAGCGAAGGAGAGAGCAACAGAGUGGGGAAAAAAGAAAAAAGAAAACCCUGCCCAACUGCCAGAGAUGGCCCACAGAAACAAGGGCGCGACUCCCAAGCCCAGCCACUCCAAGAAGCCAGUGGAGGAGCCAGCAAUCCCAGGCCCCAACAUUGACUCCCUGGGCUUCCAGGCGGUGGAUAGCAACGUCCCUGGUCUGUCGCAGGUCAUCCUGAAGAAGCUCAACAUGAAGAGCUAUGACGAAUACAAGUCUGCCAUGGAUGGGAAGAAGCUGGGGAUGGAUUUUGGGAUCCGGACUUAUUUUGACAUGUUUCAAAAAAUGGAGGACACUUUCAAAUUCUGUGCCGAGUGCAAGAAACUCCCCGAUGCCCUCCCUGACCCCAGGAGCCUCCGGCGCUGCAAAAGGUGCCAGAACGUGUAUUACUGCAGCUCAGAGUGCCAGCGGGCCAACUGGCCUGUGCACAAGAAGCUGUGCAAGAAGCUGAAGUUGGUUGCUCUGGACCGGCUGGUGGAAUGGCUUGUCUUCACGGGCGACAUCCCGUUCCCUACGGUGACCUGGACAAAGCGCAUACAGGAGGUGAAAAGCUGGGAGGACUGGUUCUCCAUGCAGGAGCAGCUGGAAGAAAAGCUGAGCUCUAUACUGACCGGGCGUUAUAUGAACAUCCUCUGGGCCAACGUGCAGAAGCCAAAGCCGGAGGAGGGAGAGCUGCUGGAGUCCGUCAAACGGCUGGUCACAGACUUCCAGUCCCGGCCGAUGACCAUUGCCUUGGCACUGCAUGCGUUCAGCCUCGACCUCUAUGCCAAGCCUGUCACGGUGCACGUCGUGGGGGCUUCCCACAUGGAGACCCUCAACGCCCGGGUGACGGAUUACGAUGAGCUGACGCGGGUGUUUCCUGGGCACCAGGGCAUCGAGGUGGUCAUGGUGGGAGUGGAUGUGGUAGACGGACCCAUCAUGAGGCCCCCGCUGCGAGCGUUCGGGCCCAGGGGAAGAGUCUAUCUCAGCUGCUACAAGGCCUCUUAUCCCGACUUCUGGGAGUCCCAGGUGGAGACUCAGCAAGCUGCCCGCCCAGACCUCGUGGUGGGCUUCCAUCCAGGAUUACACGCCUGCCUGGAGCUGAUGGAAGCCUGGCUCCCCACGCUGCUGCUGCUGCGGGACUACACCAUCCCCACCCUCUUCACCGUGUACACCGAGCAGGAGCUGAAGCACUCCCUGAAAAUCCUGACGGAGCUGGAGACCCAGAUCACAGGCUACGGAGCGAAUCCCUUUGGCUUCCGCCAGCCGAAGGGCGACAGCAGCUCCACUGGGAGCCUGAGGAAGCUUCGUUUCUGUCCACUGAAGAGCCACUUGCCCUUCUUCCGUGGUGGACAGAUUCUUGGGGGUCGCCUGCCCAGGCCUGCGAUGGUCAUGCUCCUGAGCCAUGGUGCAUGA